AGUGGAUGUCGCGAGGAGGGGCGGGCCCGCUCUGGGGGCUCCAUGUGGACGCUGGGCUAGAGCGCUCGGGCGGAGCAGGGCCCGGCGCGGGCUUGGGGGUGGGCGUGUACGCCAUGGCGGAGGCGCAGCAGCUGCGGGUGCAGGAGGCGGUGGACACCAUGGUGAAAGGGCUGGAGCGGGAGAAUAUCCGCAAGAUGCAGGGUACCAUGUUCCGGUGCAGUGCCAGCUGCUGUGAAGAUGCCCAGGCCUCCAUGCAGCAGGUUCAUCAGUGCAUUGAACGCUGCCAUGCUCCCUUGGCCCAGGCACAGGCCCUUGUGACCAGCGAACUGGAGAAAUUCCAGGAUCGCCUGGCUCGAUGCACCAUGCACUGCAAUGACAAAGCCAAAGACUUGAUGGAUGCUGGGAGCAAGGAGCAGCAGGUGAAGAGGCAGCUAGAGUCCUGUGUGACCAGAUGUGUUGAUGACCACAUGCACCUCAUCCCCACCAUGACCAGGAAGAUGAAGGAUUCCCUGGCAUCUAUUGCGAAAUAAAGUCAUUGUCAGUAGUCAUCUGGGGUGGGAGAAUAAGUCUACUUGUAAAACUGUAUGGAAAUUUUUACCUUUCAGUGAAAAUAUAAGAAUGAAGAAAUUGAGGCUUGUAGCAAACUUAAGAAUAUGUGGGAAUUUCACAUCUGCCUCUGGACUUUGUUGGUUCCGUUUUAUGUUUUAGCCCAUAGGUGAAGAAAUGGAAGAAACUGGUGCUCAGAUCUAGAUUGGAGGGAGCAUGGAGGGCCAAUAGUACUCAGGCCCAUCCCCUCAGUGAAGGUGACCCCUAUUCUAGCUGUUGGAGCUCUUAAUGGCUUUCAGCUGGUUCAGAGGUAGUCCGUUCCUAGAAGCUGGAAUAACCCUUUGAGUUUAUAGGUUUUAGCAGUUCUCCUCCCCAACCUACCUCCCAUCUGGUAUGAAUCCCUGAGGUAGCCAUCCACUUUUGUUUGGUGCCAACUUCACAUCCACCUGACUGAACCAUUUCCCAUAGACCAGAAAGCAGCAGCCAUGAGUUCACUACUGAUUGGAAAAGAAAAACACAGUUGUGCUUUUUCUCCCCAGCACAAGAACUGGCAUUCUGAGGGGAGUCUGGGGAAAGAGGGUUACUUAGAUUAGAGCCCUGAGCAGCUCCCAGGUGAUUUUUCCUUUGAUGAAGACAGUGCUCACGCCAGCUUUCAGCUGGGACACCAAGCAAGGUCAUAAAAAGGAAAUCUCCCACCAGGCCUGUGAAACUCAGGGUCCUUUGCACUGGCUUUUCUAGGACUGCUGCUCAGGUUACUUGUUCUCGCCCUUCUGGAAGGAAACACAAAAGUGUUUUUUGAGACCAACAUGAAAUGGUUUUGAGUUAAGGCCAAAGAAAGCCUCUCUUCACUUGCAGAACAAUUUUAAGCCUCUUGCUUAAUGGAAUGGCAGGUGACUGGUUUGGUGGGAAAGUUAGUUUUCCCCAAAGCAGAAAAAGAUGUGAUACCUGACCCUGGCCCUGCCCAUUUGCCCUCUUCAACAGAAACAACUUGUUGAGAGGACUUUUCUUAGGACAGGAAAGGGUAGGAAGACAACUUAAACUUCUAAGCAAGUUGCAAGGGACAGCUUUUUUCUACCCCAGAGUACAGGAGGCAGCUAGCACCAAUUAUCCAGUUAUCACUUGGUCAAAAUUUUGAACAACAUGUUAGUGCCAGGCAUUGUGUUGGAAAAGAUCUUGUUCUCUUUAUACCAACUUCCUACCGAAUGCAAUUAACAUAGCCUUCCUGUUCAGUGUCUCAAGGCUAUAUCAUAUUUUCCUAGUGGUUUGAUGAAAAAAUAAAUAGUUUAAUUUUUUUUUUACUUC